CAUUGAAUUGCAAAAUAAUCUCUAAACUUUAUUUCGCAAAAUAAUAAACGCGUAAUUAGAUCUAUAUAAACCCUAAACCCCAUCACUCUCUUACACUCCCCCUGGCUUCUCCUUCAAGCUAUACUCUCAUUCUCUCUCCUCCGACCAAAGUCUUCUGUUCCUCCGCUCUCCUUCUCCUACGGGUGCUUCUUUUGUGUUGUACAGCAGAUGUCUGUUGAUAUCUGCAAGAAGAAUCCAUCGUUUCUUUGGUGUGACUGUGGUUAUAUGAGCAAAGGAAUGUUGUGGUGCUUUCAGACAAUCUUGUUCAAUCAUUGGACUUGAACCUUUCAUAGCUCUUCAUGUUGUCUUCUUCUUAGCUUUUUUGUUUUUUUUUUUCACAAUUCUUUGUUGUUGUUUUCUUUGGUUCUGCUGGUUCUUGUUAUUGUGAAUCUGAGAGAAAAUUCGAAAGUUACUUAGUGUAGUGAAAGUUUUCCCCUUCUCUUCCAAUGGGGAAAACUAACUUGGCACCUGGAUUUCGGUUUCAUCCUACUGAUGUUGAACUUGUGAGAUACUACUUGAAGAGGAAAGUUAUGGGGAAAAAGUUCCAAGUUGAUGCCAUUGCUGAGAUCGACAUUUACAAGUUCGAACCACCUGAUUUACCCGAGAAAUCAUGUCUAGGGACUGGAGAUCUUAAGUGGUACUUCUUCUGUCCAAGAGAAAAGAAGUAUCCCAAAGGCGGUAAGGCAAACCGCUCUACUGAAUGUGGUUACUGGAAGACCACAGGGAGAGACAGAGAUGUUUCUUACAAUGACGAAGUCACUGGGAAGAUAAGAACUCUGAUUUAUCACUACGGGAAAAUACCCCGCGGUGAUCGGACUGAUUGGGUCAUACAUGAAUAUAGACUUGAAGACAAAGUACUGGCCCAAAAGAAUGUUCCUCAGGAUACUUAUGUGCUUUGCGUUCUCUUUAAGAAAAAUGGACUUGGACCAAGACAUGGAUCUCAAUAUGGUGCUCCAUUUAAAGAAGAGGAUUGGAGUGAUAAGGAAGAGGAAUAUACUCAGACUCAUAUUGUAGCUGUUCCUUGUGCAGAAAACAACAAUCCUGGUCCUAGCAAAGAAACCAGUCUAGCUGCUACGGCCUCACAAUCGCACGCUCCUAAGGAUUGUUUGACAGGAGUGAUCUCAGAAUCUUGCGUCUCUGAUGUACCGCCACUAACUGCCACAGUACUGCUUCCACCUCUAACAAGUGAUGUUGUAGCUUACAAUCCCAUGUCUUCUUCAGCUCUUCCUGAGGUUCCUCAGGUAUCUCUCGAUGAUGGCGAGUUAAAUUCGUUGCUCGAUCUCUUUUCUGUUGACAAUGACGACUGUUUACUUUUCGACGAUUUCGACUACCAAAAUGAGGUAAGACAUGAGCCUGAUGUUUUUGUAAACGAGGAAGCUCCAGUUUUCUUAGGAGAUGGCAAUUUCAGUGGAAUGUUUGACCUGAGCAACGACAUGGUCGUAGAGCUACAGGAUCUGAUCCAGCCAGCCACACCUCCUCCUCCUCCUCCUGCUCAAGCCAGUAAUCCUGAUGACUCAAGAAGCAACGGUCAGACUUAGGACCAUCAAAAAAUAUUAUGUGCUGAUUUAUGAUCUUUCUUGCAUUGAUGCUUCAUGGAAACAGAGACCAAACAUGUGAAGCUUCAGCUAGAAUGUUUUUCUUCUGGCGCCAUCUCUGUCUGCACGAAAGAGACAAAACCAUGAAUCAGUAAACGUCCAGCUGUGGAGCCAGCUUUCUAUGUUAUGUUUCUGCAACUUUGUCUGUAGUCUUAGAUUUCAUCAUCAUUUAUGUGGCAAGAACCUUCUCUUUAACUUGUGUAAUUCCAUGGAUUCUUAUUUAUUAGCUUAGCUUCCAUGAUAAUGCCACCAUUUAACUUUUAAA